AUGGCGCUUCCACAGACAGAAAUAUUUGAGGACCAAUUUCCCCUGAUUCGAAGCUGUCCUGCAUUGAACGAAAUUCGUCUUGCUCAGGACAUAAAGGAUCUGCGAAUAGAGGUAGGUUUCCCUACUGCUGACGUUUGUGUGUAUGUUUGGAAGGUUAAGGGCGGGGCAGUACUCCACGCCCAUCGAAUAAUAUUAGCGGCCCGUAUUCCUUCUUUGCGAGCUGCCCUCAGUGGCCCCCUCGGGGAGGAGAAUUUGGUUCUCAGAUGGCCGACAGUGCCUCUCAAGUGAAAUUUGCAUCGGUUCUCUGAUCUUGCUUACUCCUUGCGCACUUUAUAGCCUCGCAACUACAUUCAUUCAGUAUGUUUACACGGGUCAGGUGGAAAUGACACAAAGUAAUGCGAGAGGCAUGGUAACGCUUGCCAAAAUGGUCAAACUGCCUGACCUUCUUAACUGGGGUGUUACAUUUAUGGCCAAGGGGUAACUAUCGUUCUGGCCUUACCUACACACACUAAAGCCUCGAUUUAGAAAGUCUGCCGGCAACUUGGGACUUUGCCAGGACCCUGAAUGUGGAAGUACUGGCGGAGAAGUGUAUGGGCCUGAUGAAGGAGCAGUUUGAGCACUUCAUUCAAACUGACCUCUUUGUCAGCUUGCCCGCAGAAACUGUGCUCACUCUGCUUCGCAGCGAUGAUAUCUCGGUGGAAUCCGAGGAGCAGGUAAUUGCAGCCAUUUCGCGCUGGGUGGACGCCGGUGGUGCUGCCGAUGAUGAUAGGCUGAGAGUGCACGCUCCGGCAAUGCUGAAAGAGGUGCAAUGGCAACUGACGAGCGUGCAAUGUCGCAGUCGUCUGCUGGAUAGUUAUCCAACACUCCAGAAGAGUAACGAAUGUCUGUAA